GUGUAUAAAGACCAUCAGGUUGGUUGAGUCUGACAUCCGUUAGUCAUGGUAACUCAUUUCUGUCUAGGUGUUGUGGCCUUGGCUGUCUUGGCCACAGCGGUGGCUGAUCCAGAUAUCAACGUGGUCUGUGCCAAAGACUCUGUGCGAAUCACAUGGAGGGUAGCCCCCCAGUUUGUGCCUUACGCCGCUCGGUUCUUCCUCGGAAACUGCAUGCCGUCUGCGUGGAAAGUCCUACCAAACGGAGAGGGCGAAGCACGUUUUAAUUAUAAGUUGUAUGACUGCAAGUUUACCAAACAGCUGAAAGGGAAAAAUGUCAUUUAUCAAAACCAGCUGAGCUUUAGGCCACAAGCAAAACCAAAGCCGGCCAUCUUCACAUAUCCUAUCCAAUGUGUCCAGAAACGACCUGAAGGAAAAGUGCCCCAGUUCCUUAAUCCUGGAUCGGCCAUUUCUGAGGGACACAGUAAGUUGGUCUUCCACAUGGAGCUCCUCAAUGAGCAAUUAACUGGCGUCUCAAAGACUAACGUGAUUCCCCUCGGUUCAUUCAUGCCGAUCUGGGCGGCAGUGGAGCAGAAGUCCCAUCAGCCCCUGGUGUUGCUAAUGGAUGAGUGUGUAGCAGCCUCUACGCCAGAGCUGCAACCUAAUAGCCAAGUCUAUCCCAUCAUUGGCAAUCAUGGGUGUCUUCUGGAAAGUAAAAGGGGAAGCUCACUGUUCCUUCCUCGGUACCACUCAUCUGCCAUUAUUCUCUACCUCCAGUCAUUCAAGUUCGGGAUGGGAGGAGAGGUGUACAUUCACUGCAAUCUGAUUGUCUGGGAUGGCGAUUAUCUUGAUCAACGUAAGAAGGCUUGCCAUGUGAAAGAUGGAAGGUGGGAGAUGCUUGAUGACUCUGCCCGGAGCUUCCUCUGCAAAUGCUGUGAUGCUUCCUGUAACCCUCGUACCAAAAGAGCAGCUGUCGAGGAGUCUAACAGCAGGCACUACAAUUCUGUGUUGGGACCCAUCAUCAUAGUCGACCAGCCAGCCUCAACACUGAAGGCAGAGACUGCUGCAGCUGGCCCACAGGAAAGGGCCAAUCGAAGUUGAAGCUUACUGCCAGGCUGCAGCCCGUGGAACUGAUUUACGAGACUUUGAACCCUCAGUCAAGCUCGAGGACUGAAUUUGGAAAGGAAUGUUUGUAAGGGAUGGCUGUACACUUGAAUAAACCUUGUUUAUCCUAA